AUGUUAAGAUAUCUUCCAUAUACUAAUGAAGUGGCCGACGCUCUAGUAAUCCAUAUUCGAGAAAAAGCUGAGGAGAACAACGGUGAAGUGAACUUUCGAGAAAUCGCUGGCAGAUGGGCGCUAGAAGCAGCCGCUCUGACCGCAUUCGAGAAACGGAUCGGUUCAUUGACUGAUCGAAUCGAAUGGGCUGACAAGCUUAUCGAACUGAACAGACGGAUUUUCCAACUGUCUGCCGAGCUAAAAUUUGCAUUUCCCAUCUAUCGUUAUUUUCCUACGCCAAAAUGGAAGAAAAUGGUCGAAAUGGAGGAUAGUUUUUACAAUGAAGCAAAUUUAUUGAUAGAUGAAGCUGUCAAUAAACUACGUGGAUCGACACAAUUGGAAGAGGAAAUGAAAUUCGCAAGUCUUCUAAUCAAUCGAAAGGAGUUGAAUGUUAAAGAUGUGAAAAUAAUCUUGUUGUCAAUGUUUUCAGAUGGUUUAAGUACAACAGCUCCAAUGCUCAUCUACAAUCUGUUUAAUAUAGCACGUCAUCCGGACAUUCAGGAUGAACUUCGUAACGAAGUGAAUUCUGUUGUUGGCCGUUCAGAAGAGAUCGAUCCCACCAUAUUGGCUAAGUUACCGUACCUGCGUGCUUGUAUUAAGGAAACGUUCCGAUUAUUUCCUAUCGGGACCGAAAUCUCAAGAAUUCUUCAGAAAGAUUUGAUCCUCAGUGGUUACCGAGUUCCGGCGGGUACAGCUGUCGACAUCAACACCAAUAUAUUGAUGAAGACCACAUCAUUAUUCAAGGAACCACAUAGCUUUAAUCCAAAGCGAUGGUUGCGAACAGCUGAUCGAGAAGACUUCCAUCCAUUCGCAUUCCUACCGUUUGGUUUUGGUCCAAGAAUGUGCGCUGGUCGGCGUUUCGCUGAGCAAGACCUCCAAGUAGCGUUAUGUCGCCUCGUGCAACAUUUCCGAGUUUCACACCAUCAUGCUCCAAUCGGGCAAAUAUACGAGACCCUAUUGCUGCCGAAAGGAUGCUGCGAUUUCCGUUUCGAAACACUUUAG